AUGUACAGGAAUCCCGAUGGCAACGCACCAACGGUCCACUACUGCAAGACGCUCAUCAAGGCCGAGGAGCAACUCAAACACUUCCUCGGUCAACCUGUGCUAGGCUUCGACAUUGAGUGGGAACCUAUGGUCAAGAAGACAGCGCCAGCUAAGCAGAACGUCUCCCUCAUCCAGCUCGCGAUUGAGGACCGCAUCAUCCUCAUCCACGUGGCGCUCUUCGCAGGCAAUGGGCCUCAGCAGCUGAUGCCCACCAGUCUCCGGAUGAUCUUGGAGUCUGAUAGCGUCAUGAAAGUCGGCGUGAACAUACAGGGCGAUGCUCGUCGCAUCCACGAGUAUUUGGGUGUGCAGAUGCGUGCGCAGUUCGAGCUGAGCCAUCUGUACAAGGUCGUAACAUUUACCGACCGUAAGGCGAUCAACAAGACGCUGAAGGGUGCUAGCCUCCAGGCACAAGUAAAGAAUAUUCUACUGCUGCCGCUGAAGAAGGACGAUGUACGCGUCAGCUCGUGGUCUCGAGCACUCUCAAAAGAGCAGUCGGAUUACUCCGCUUCAGACGCAUACGCUGGCUUUAGACUAUUCCAUGCGCUUGAGGCGAAACGUAAAGCUAUGGAACCCACGCCGCCGAGGCCUGCAUUCUAUGAG